ACCAUGGAAGCUCUAAAUGGAACCGUUGAUCCAGCUUGUCUGAAGGGUCGUCCACUGGCUAUUGACAUGCUCAACAAGCUAGAUACAUUUGGAUAUUGCCUGUACUUCAUGCUCACCUUGAUGUCCUGUGUCUCCCUGCUUGUGUACCUGGAACAGUGUGCCUAUAUUUAUAAAAAACUACCCUACCCCAAGAAGACCUUGGUCAUUUGGGUAAACGGUGCAGCACCAGUUAUUUCCACCAUGUCAUGCUUAGCUAUGUGGAUCCCGAGGGCAUUUAUGAUUACAGACCUGACAUCUAACAGUUAUUUUGCAGUUGUGAUUUACAAGAUCUUGCUUCUGUUGAUUGAGGAGUUGGGGGGCAGCAAUGCCUUUUUGGAGAAGUUCUCUGGUAAACCCUUUUGGAUCAGCACAGGACCCUGCUGCUGCUGUUGUCCAUGUUUACCCGACGUCCCCAUGUCAAGGCGAAUGUUAUUCCUGCUGAAGUUAGGCUCUCUACAGUAUGCAGUCCUGAAAUCGGUGUUCACUGUCCUGUCUAUAGUACUGUGGACCAAUGGCAACUAUGAUCCUUCUAAUCUAGGAAUCUAUGGUAUAACCCUUUGGAUUAGCCUAUUUGUUGGCGUCCUAACCAUCAUCUCCCUUUGGCCUGUUGCCAUUGUCUUCAUGAACAUGAACCGCUAUCUACGCCCACUCAAGAUUAUACCAAAGUAUGCAAUGUACCAAUUAACACUUGUAUUGAGCCAGCUGCAGACAUCAAUCGUUAACAUCGUGGCCUUGUACGGAAACAUCGCCUGUGCUCCUCCAUUAAGCUCUCAAGCCCGUGGAACCAUGCUUAAUCAGCAGAUACUGAUCAUGGAGAUGUUCAUCAUCACCCUGGUCAAUCGGUUUUUGUACCGCCGCACAUAUGAGGCAGUUGAGACACAUGACAGUGAAGAGAACACCACAGCCCUGCCAGAGGCUACUCUCAUGGAGCAUGAUGUCUAAAAAAGGACAGUGAAUCACUGUGUAUCACUGCUCUUUAACUAUGUAAAUGAUUAUGUAAGUUAAGAGAUCAUAAAGUAGUCUAACAUUUUACCUCAUUUAAGGAAAGGAGAGAGAAAUGCCUUUGUUUUACUGGAUUCAUAAGCACUCUUUGCAUUGCUUUUAGCCCUGUGUCUUUGUACUUUUUCCACGGAUAUAUGUCAAUCUCUUUCUGAGUUCUGAUGUUUAUGCAUGAUAAUAGAUAGAUAGAUUCUGGGUACUGAAAGUUUUAAGUUAUGCUGACAAAAAUACCAACAAGGAAAAUCUCUUAAUUUGACUGACUUACAUUAGUUAUAGUAGAAUUGUUGUUUCUUGCAGAUGAUUAGAUGUAAACGGUGCUGUGCAGGACAUUUUCUUGGCCAUUAGAUGCGCCUCAUAUCGCAUUUAUGAUAAAGAAAUACCAGUAGUAUCAAUCUUCUCUUGUCAUCAGUCUCUGCAAACAUGUAUGCAGUGUAUCUUUGUAUGCAGUUUCUUUUUUAAAGAAGUUUUACCAUUUUUUAGACAAUACUGGAGCUUUUUGUCACACUGGGGCAAAUGCACAGAGGGUGAGAGUUUU